UCUUCUUUUGUAAUUUGCUUAAUUCUUUGCUUCUUUCCCCUCCCCUUUGCUUCAACGCCCUGGACGCCCUGCUCUGCCUUGCCCACGUUGUAGAGGGGAGACAAGAGAGAAGGUUAGAUCAUGCCGCAGGACAACGGGCGCCACGUCCGCUUCAAGAGGAACAGCAACGCCAGCAACGCCAACAAUAACAACGACGACGAUAUCGGCCCGAGCUUAUAUCGACCGCAGUCAGUCGUCGAAAAUCACGAGAGAGAGUUUGGCCAAUUCGACGACGAUGGACUAGUCAGCAGGGCCGACUCUGGGAGGCGACGCUCCAGUUCCGAUCCAUCAGGCCGAAGCCGCCAACGCCCACGAUUGGCCGUCCUCCGUCCUCGCGGAAAUGCCGCCGCCGCCCCAACCUUGGCCCACGUCCCCGAGGAUAAGAGGAUUGGAAGCACGGCUUUCUUCAACGCCCCCGACGGCCGUAAUGCUGUGAACCCAGAGCUUGCCGACGUCCUGGAUGUCAUUGAUCCCGAGGUAUCGACUUUGAACAAUGUUACCAAUAUCCAGAAUUCUCUCUUCAUUCCGUCUCUCGGUCGGCUCAUCAACAGACAUCCCACCUAUAACCUGACUCGUGCCCCUAGUCGUGGAACAAUAACAUCAUCUAUAGACGUGCCCCAGAGACAGAGACCCGAAGAUAGGUUUCAGCAGGCGCCACACAUCGAGGAUCAGCACUACGAUUUUAACUUCAAUCACGCCGUGCUCCCCGAGGGUGUGUCCUUGGAAGGAUGGAGUACAGAAGAGAUGGCCGAGCUCAAUGACCAUGUCCGGCAUAUGCUUCAUUCACGACGAAACAAGUUCAAACGAACCAUGAAGGCCUUUGGAAAAUACGUGAGCAGGCCCGUUGGCUUUUUCGUCACCCUUUAUGCCACUCUUAUUACUUUGUUCGGUCUCGCCUGGGUCCUGUUCCUCAUCGGCUGGAUCUAUGUAGGCGCUAAACAACUGUAUGUUAUCAACGUCAUUGACUACGUACUUGUUGCUCUCUUUGCUAUCAUGGGUGACGGCCUCGCGCCCUUCCGAGUCGUCGACACAUAUCACAUGUUUUUCAUCUGGCACUAUCACCGAAAGACGUGGAAGCUCCGAAAGAAGCUGCAGAUGGGCAAGUUGCGGGACAAGAACGACUUGCCCACUGAUCCAGAGCUUGAGGCUGCCCGUGACGAGAUAUCGGUUCUGACCGAGGCCGAACAAGCUACCCUUGUCCAUCACCAAGAAAAGUUCGCUAGAUCACAUACCUUUUAUCGGCCGCACGAGACCAAGACACACUACGCGUUCCCGCAGAGCUUCCUAAUCACCAUAGUCCUACUCCUAGACCUCCACUCGUGCUUGCAAAUCUCCCUUGGCGCCACAACCUGGGGUAUCGACUACAGGACGCGACACCCUGCCAUCACGGCAACCAUCCUCAGCGUGUCCAUCACCGUUAACAUCACGGCCGGAAUCCUGAUCAGCAUAGGCGGGCGGAAGACGCGCAAGAAGGAGGUUGUCGAGCGCAUGUUCCGCCAGGAUCUGACGCGCGAAGCCCUCAAAGAAAUCCGCGAACAAGGGAAGAAGGACGGCGAUAUCGAGAAGCAGUUUAAGGCUGAGCGAGCGAUUGAAGAUACGCGGAAGAGCGAGACGCUCGACGAGGCUGUCAAGAGCCACGUGCCUGUCCGCGACAGCUUGGAUAUGGCCAGAGGUUCGCCCAUGAGUCCUUCGUCGCUCAAGUCUCCGAGACCGUCUAUGCAGAAAAAUUCCCCUAGGGCUUCUAUGCAGUCUAGAUAAGGCAUGGCAUUCGAACCACUUGUUAAUACGGACACCGACACCCCUUGGAAAAGAUAAUGUCUCUUUUUCUCUUUCUUGUUUGCAUUUUUGGCUUAUUGCUUUUAAUACCUUGUAAUUAAUGCCACCACUUGCUCUUUGUUUGUUCGGUAUUCGGUUGGGUUAGGUUGGGGAGGGGAGGGAGCCUGCCUUACCUGCCAACUGUUCAACUGUUUAUAAAAACACCCCCUGUUUGCGAGUAUUAUACCCAUGAUAGAGAGACACGAUAGAUAUUAUGAUAGGAUAUGAUAAUUGGCUUUUGACUUUGCGAAUAUGAUAGUUCACUUGAUUAAUGAGAUUGUGAGAAUGUGGUCUGGAAAAGAAAAGGAUUGAUUGAGUAGCUCGGAGUGCCACGUACCUACUAUCUACCACAGACAGACAAUCUAGACAGUCUACAGUAGGUCUGUGUAAACUGCUUUAUCUACGG